AUGAAAGACACAAGAACGAACAUGGGAAUAACGAGAUUUUUCUUUGCUUCUUUGCUUUUGUUUACCAUGGUCUCAAGUUUAAGCUAUGCAGCUAUAACGCCAACAAGUCCUUUGUCAAUCGGACAAACUCUAAGCUCUGCUAAUAGAGUUUAUGAACUGGGGUUCUUCAGUCCGAACAACACACAUGAUCAGUAUCUUGGAAUCUGGUUCAAAGAUACCAUCCCUAGGGUCGUUGUGUGGGUGGCGAAUAGAGAAAACCCCGUUACACACUCCACGGCAACUCUAGCCAUCAGCAGCAAUGGGAACCUCCGCUUACUUAACGGUGAGAACGGCGUCGUGUGGUCCAGUGGAGAAACUUUCCCCUCUAGCCAGUGUCAUGCAGAGCUUUUAGACAGCGGAGAUUUUGUUGUCGUGGACGAUGUCUCGGGAACAACUCCUCUAUGGCGAAGCUUUGACCAUCUUUGUGAUACUCUGCUUCAUUCCACGUCUCUGAUGUAUAACCUCGCCACCGGUGAGAAGCGGGUGCUGAGAUCUUGGAAAAGCGACACUGAUCCAUCGCCUGGCGACUUUGUGGGUCAGAUUACGCCGCAAGAGCCAUCACAGGCCUUCAUUAUGAGAGGCUCGACGCCUUACUGGAGAAGUGGUCCAUGGGCUAAGACACGGUUCAGCGGAGUACCGGUAAUGGAUGAAACAUACACAGGUCCAUACAGCUUUCACCAGGACGCAAACGGGUCAAGGUACUUGUCUUAUUUCGAAAGAAGCUACAAACUUUCACGUAUAGUUUUGACAUCAGAGGGAUCAAUGAAGAUCUUUCGGCAUAAUGGUAUGAACUGGGUGUUUUACUAUGAGGCUCCAGUAGCCAAUUCAUGCGAUGUUUACGGUGUAUGUGGAGCUUUUGGGCUGUGUGUUAUGUCAGUUCCUCUGAGGUGUAAAUGCUUAAAAGGGUUUGUACCAAAAUACAUUGAGGAGUGGAAAAGAGGAAACUGGACUGAUGGUUGCGUGAGGCGUACGGAACUACAUUGUCAGGGACGUUCCACUUGUGAGAAUGCAAACGUAUUCCAUCAAGUUGCCAACAUAAAGCCUCCAGAUUUUUACGAAUUCGCAAGAUCUGUGAAUGCUGAAGAUUGCCGCCAAAGUUGCCUCCACAACUGUUCUUGCUUGGCCUUUGCUUAUAUUCAUGGAAUAGGCUGCUUAGUGUGGAACCGGGAGCUGAUGGACACUGUGCAGUAUUCUUAUGGAGGAGAACUUCUUUUCGUUCGGCUCGCAAAUUCUGAACUAGAUGGCAAUAACCGCAAGAAGAACAUUCUUGCUAGUACAGUGAGUCUUACACUUUUUGUGAUCUUGAGCUUUGCCGCGUUUGGUUUCUGGAGAUGCAGAGUGGAACAUAACGCUAUUGUGCGUGGACUUCUCUAUCUUCACCAUGACUCACGCCUCAGGGUUAUCCAUAGAGAUCUCAAGGUCAGCAAUAUUCUUCUUGAUGAGAAAAUGGAGCCGAAAAUAUCAGAUUUUGGAUUGGCUCGGAUGUACCAGGGAACUGAAUAUCAGGACAAGACUCGCAGGGCAUGGGAAUCUUGGUCUGAAAAUGGAGUAAUUGAUCUUUUAGACCAAGAUGUUGCUGAUUCAUGUCGCCCAUUUGAAGUAGAGAGAUGUGUUCAGAUUGGUCUGCUUUGUGUUCAACACCAACCUGCAGACAGACCCAACACACUUGAGUUGCUGUCUAUGCUCACCACAACAUCAGAUCUUCCACCACCAAAACAACCUUCAUUUGCAUUGAACACGAGAGAUGACCAAUCCCAUUUAAGGGAUUUGAUAAGUGUCAAUGAGAUUACCCAAUCUGUGAUACUUGGGCCAAACUCGUCAUCUCCUUCUUCCCUUUUCGCCGGCGACUUGAGCAAAUCCGGUGAAACGUCCUUCCGACCUAUCUCGUCUUACACUUCCUUCUUCGCCUCGUGCGCGAUGAAGUCGUACAGAUUAUCCGAGCUUAAUGUUUCUCAAGUUGAAAAAUUGAAGUCACGCCCUCGCAUUGACUUCUCUUCCAUCUUCAGCACUGUUAACCCAAUCAUCGACGCGGUUCGUAGCAAAGGAGACAUAGCUGUGAAAGAAUACACUGAAAGAUUUGACAAAGUUCAACUAGAUAAAGUGAUUGAAGAUGUGUCCGAGCUUCCUAUUCCCGAGCUCGAAUCCAAAGUAAAAGAAGCGUUUGAUGUUGCGUAUGAGAACAUAUAUGCAUUUCACUUGGCACAAAAGUCAUCUGAGCAGAGCGUUGAGAAUAUGAAAGGUGUUAGAUGUAAAAGGGUGUCAAGACCCAUUGGUUCUGUAGGUCUGUAUGUACCUGGUGGAACAGCUGUUUUGCCAUCAACUGCGUUAAUGCUUGCGAUUCCUGCUCAGAUUGCUGGAUGUAAAACAGUUGUUCUCGCAACUCCACCAACUAAAGAAGGAAGCAUAUGCAAGGAGGUGCUGUAUUGUGCCAAGAGGGCUGGUGUGACUCACAUACUUAAAGCUGGUGGAGCGCAGGCUAUAGCUGCCAUGGCUUGGGGGACAGAUUCUUGUCCUAAGGUUGAUAAGAUUUUUGGUCCUGGGAACCAGUAUGUUACAGCUGCUAAGAUGAUUCUUCAAAAUAGCGAGGCAAUGGUUUCGAUUGAUAUGCCUGCUGGUCCUUCAGAAGUUCUAGUCAUCGCUGACGAACAUGCUAGUCCAGUUUACAUUGCAGCAGACUUGCUUUCUCAGGCCGAGCAUGGUCCAGAUAGUCAAGUUGUUCUUGUUCUUGUAGGUGACGGUAUAGAUCUCAAAGCCAUUGAAGAAGAAAUCGCCAAGCAGUGCAAUAGCCUUCCUAGAGGAGAGUUUGCUUCAAAGGCACUGAGUCACAGUUUCACAGUCUUUGCUAGAGAUAUGAUUGAGGCCAUAUCUUUCUCAAACCUGUAUGCACCGGAACAUUUGAUCAUAAACGUCAAAGACGCUGAGAAAUGGGAGGGACUGAUCGAGAAUGCAGGUUCGGUUUUCAUAGGGCCGUGGACUCCGGAGAGUGUUGGUGAUUAUGCGAGCGGGACAAACCACGUUCUUCCGACAUACGGAUACGCGAGGAUGUACAGUGGCGUCUCGCUAGACUCUUUCCUCAAGUUUAUGACUGUACAAUCUCUAACAGAGGAAGGUCUCAGAAACCUCGGUCCGUAUGUGGCGACUAUGGCUGAGAUCGAAGGUUUGGAUGCACACGAGAGAGCAGUCACUCUCAGACUUAAGGACAUCGAAGCCAAACAGCUAUCCCAAAGGAUAACGACAGAGAGUCCUUUGUCAAUAGGACAAACUCUCAGCUCCUCUGAUGGAGUUUAUGAGCUGGGCUUCUUCAGUCCUAACAACUCCCAGAAUCAGUAUGUUGGAAUCUGGUUCAAGGGUAUCAAUCCUCGGGUGUUUGUGUGGGUGGCCAAUAGAGAAAACCCUGUUACAGACUCCAUGGCAAAUCUAACUAUCAGCACCAACGGAAGCCUUAUCUUAUUGGAUGGAAAAGCUGGUCUUGUCUGGUCCAGUGGAGAUACUUUUGCAUCUAACGGGUCUCGUGCAGAGCUUUCAGACAGCGGAAGUCUUAUUGUCAUAGACAAUGUUUCGAGAAGAACGCUAUGGGAAAGCUUCGAGCAUCUUGGUGAUACUCUGCUCCCUUUCUCACCCCUGAUGUAUAAUCUAGCCACCGGUGAGAAGCUAGUGUUGACUUCUUGGAAAAGCUCCACUGAUCCAUCGCCUGGUGACUUUGUGGCUCAGGUUACACCGCAAGUGCCAUCACAGCUGGUUACUAUGAGAGGCUCCAAGCCUUAUUACAGAACAGGUCCAUGGGCUAAAACAAGGUUCACAGGGAUACCGCUAAUGGAUGAAACAUUAGCAAGCCCAUUUAACUUUCAGCAGGAUGCAAACGGGUCAGGGUCUUUCUCUUACGUAGACAGAAGCUCAAAAAUUUCACGUCUGCUUUUAACAUCAGAGGGCUCACUGAAGAGGUUUCGGCACAGUGGUACCGACUGGGAAGUAACCUAUCAGGCUCCGUUAGCCAAUACAUGCGAUGUUUACGGUGUAUGUGGACCUUUUGGGCUGUGUGUUAUGUCAGCAUCUCCAAAGUGUAAAUGCUUCAAAGGGUUUGUACCCAAAUCCGCUGAGGAGUGGGAAAGAGGAAACUGGACUGAUGGUUGUGUGAGGCGUAAGGAACUACAUUGUCAGGGGAACUCUACUGGCAAAGUUGCAAACGUCUUCCAUCAAGUUGCCAACAUAAAGCCUCCAGACUUUUACGAAUUUGUAAGUUCUGUGGAUUCUGAAGACUGCCACCGAACUUGUCUCCACAACUGUUCUUGCGUGGCCUUUGCUUAUAUUCGCGGAAUUGGGUGCUUAAUAUGGAAUCAAGAGCUAAUGGACGUAAUGCAGUUUUCUGCGGGAGGAGAGCUUCUUUCGAUUCGUCUUGCACGCUCUGAACUAGAUGGAAAUAAGCGCAAGAAGACCGUUGCUGCUAUUGUUGUGAGCCUUUCCUUUUUUGUGAUAUUGGGUUCUGCUACUUUUGGUUUCUAUAGAUACAAAAAGCAGUUACGCCCUUAUGUUGUCGGACAUACUUUGAAGAGUAAUAUCGGUCCGGUGGCUUUUGCCAAGCUUUGUGCGAGUGUAGAUAUUUAAAUCAGAGGUCAAUGUGAACGAAGAUGGGAAAAACAAGAUAUUUAAAUCAGAAGUCAAUCAAUAUCGGUCAAAUGUUGAAUUGUUUGUCAAACUGUGUCUUUCGAUUGAUGGAGAGUAUUUGGUGUCGAUCUUUCAUUGGUUCUCGCCAUGAAAAUGACAGUGCUACGUGAUUGGUUAGGUAAAAACCUGGACUUUUUGGCAAUUACGUGGUGAAUAUUGUUUUUCUUUUGUAUUAUUGAAAAGGUUUCAAGUUGAUAAUGAUAUAAGUGCGUUGUGGUCAACAUUGUUUAUAAUUGCCUGAAAAUACUUCUCACAAGUCCAUGACUUGCUUGCUCUAGACUCUAGUUAUAUGUUCGCUUCUAAAACUCUUCUGAGGAAGAAGUUAGUUAUUGGAGAGACAAAAGCACAUGGGUAAGAAGAAGAGGAUCGUGCUCUUUGCUUCUUUGCUCUUGUUUACCAUGUUUUCCUGUUUUAGCUUUGCAGGGAUAACGAGAGAGAGUCCUUUGUCAAUAGGACAAACUCUCAGCUCCUCUGAUGGAGUUUAUGAGCUGGGUUUCUUCAGUCCUAACAACUCACAGAAUCAGUAUGUUGGAAUCUGGUACAAAGGUAUCAUUCCCCGGGUGGUUGUGUGGGUGGCCAAUAGAGAAAAGCCUAUUACAGACUCCAUGGCGAAUCUAACUAUCAGCACCAAUGGAAGCCUUACCAUAUUGGAUGGCAAACAUGGUGUUGUGUGGUCCACCAGAGGAACUUCUGCAUCUAACGGGUCUCGUGCAGAGCUUUUAGUCACCGGGAAUCUUAUUGUCAUAGACAAUAUCUCGGGAAGAACUCUAUGGGAAAGCUUUGCGCAUCUUAGUGAUACUAUGCUCCCUUUUUCAUCCAUGACGUAUAAUCUGGCAACGGGUGAGAGUCAGGUGUUGACUUCUUGGAAAAGUUCCACUGAUCCAUCGCCUGGUGACUUUGUGCUUGAGAUGACACCGCAAGUGCCAUCACAGGUGUAUACUAUGAGAGGCUCGAGGCCUUAUUGGAGAAGCGGUCCAUGGGCUAAAACAAGGUUCGCCGGGGUACCAGUAAUGGAUGUGACAUACGCAAGUCCAUUCAGCCUUGAGCAGUAUGCAAACGGGUCAGGAUUCUUCACGUAUCUUGAAACAAGACUCCGUUCACGUAUUAUUCUAACAACAGAGGGCUCGGCGAGGCUUUACUGGCAUAAUGGGAGCGACUGGGAAAUAAACCAUGAUGCUAUACUCAAUUCAUGCGAUAUUUAUGAUGUGUGUGGACCUUUUGGGUUGUGUGUGCCUCCGAAGUGUAAAUGCUUAAAAGGGUUUGUACCAAAGUACGUUGAGGAGUGGAAAAGAGGAAAGUGGACCGGUGGUUGUGUGAGACGUACCGGGCUACUUUGUCAGGGGAACUCUACUGGCAAAGAUGUAGACGUCUUCCAUACUAUUGCCAACGUAAAGCCUCCAGAUUUUUACGAGCUUGCAAGUUCAGCAAAUCCCAUCCUGCUCCCUGAAGAUUGUCACCAAAUUUGCCUCCACAACUGUUCUUGCUUGGCCUUUGCUUUUAUUAAUGGAAUAGGGUGCGUAGUAUGGAGCCAGGAGCUUAUAGACGUGGUGCAAUUUCCUGCGGGAGGAGAGCUUCUUUGCAUUCGUCUUGCGCGUUCUGAACUAGGUGGAAACAAUCGCAAGAAUACCGUUGCUGCUAGUGUUGUAAGCCUUUCUCUUUUUGUUGUAUUGGGUUCUGCUGCGUUUGGUUUCUGGAGAUACAGAGUCAGAGUGAAACAUAACGCUUUACAAGAUGCAUGGAGGAUUGGUCUGAAACGACAAAAUGUCUCAGGUUUAAAUUUCUUUGAGAUGAAUACCAUUGAAACUGCCACCAACAAUUUCAGUCUCUCAAAUAAACUUGGACAAGGUGGAUUUGGCUCAGUUUACAAGGGAAAGCUGCAGGAUGGGAAAGAAAUUGCAGUAAAACGGCUUUCUAGCAGCUCAGGGCAGGGGAGAGAGGAGUUCAUGAAUGAAAUAGUACUCAUCUCAAAACUCCAACACAAAAACUUAGUCCAGAUUUUGGGAUGCUGCAUUGAAGGAGAAGAGAGGCUAUUGAUUUAUGAGUUCUUGUUGAACAAAAGCCUUGAUACUUUUAUCUUCGAUUCAAGAAGAAGGAUUGAGAUUGACUGGCCAAAGAGAUUCAAUAUCAUCCAAGGUAUUGCGCGCGGACUUCUCUAUCUUCACCGUGACUCACGCCUCAAGGUCAUUCACCGAGAUCUUAAGGUUAGCAAUAUUCUUCUGGAUGAGAAGAUGAACCCAAAAAUAUCAGAUUUUGGAUUGGCUCGGAUGUAUCAGGGAACCGAGUAUCAGGACAGCACUCGCAGGGUUGUAGGAACUCUAGGUUAUAUGUCUCCUGAGUAUGCAUGGACAGGGAUGUUCUCUGAGAAAUCUGACAUCUACAGCUUCGGAGUUCUGCUGUUAGAAAUCAUCAGCGGAGAUAAGAUCUCAAGGUUCAGCCAUGGGGAAGAAGGAAAAACCCUUCUUGCAUAUGCGUGGGAAUCUUGGUGUGAAAAUGGAGGAGUUGAUCUUUUGGAUAAAGAUGUUGCUGAUUCAUGUUGCCCAUUAGAAGUUGGGAGAUGUGUUCAGAUUGGUCUGCUCUGUGUUCAACACCAACCUGCAGACAGACCCAACACACUUGAGUUGCUGUCUAUGCUCACCACAACAUCAGAUCUUCCAUCACCAAAACAACCCACAUUUGUUGUACAGAAGAGAGAUGAAGAAUGCUUGUCUAAGGGUUUUACCACAGUCAAUGAGGUGACAGAGUCUUUGAUCUUUGGGCGUUAAGAAAGAAUAUGUGAUGGAAAAUUUAGAAUUGAUGUGUUUUAAUUUGUUCUCCUUAAAGAGAUCAGUAUUUCCACACAAAAAUGGUUUUCUUUUGUUGUAGAAACAGAUAGAUUUCCAAAGUUACAUUUAUGAUCAAUCAGAAGAAAAGCUUCGAAAUUUUAAAUUAGUGUGUUGCGGUGAUAACACGAAAGAGCUGCUUCGCCAAUUACA